AUGGUGCCUACUCCAAAGGCACGUCGAAGCAACUCUUCGAAUGGGACCUCGAUGCCGAAAAGUCCACCAGGUUUAGGGAGAACGAGAUCAUCGCCGUUGAAUACGCCCAACUUUGCACUCGGAAUGUUAAUCCAGAUGGCUCGAAAGCUUUUAUUUUUGGAUGUUCGGCAGAAAGCAAUGGUUCAUAUCGGCUUGGUGACGGUGUUUUCUCUAUUUGCCUUGUUUUUCACAUUUACCCUUGAAUCUUCGUUUUUUGGCUCAUUGGCACAGAAAGAAAGUAUUUUCAAUCAAUAUGGUGUCAAAAUUGGAUGGUUUUGGACUCUCUUCGUGGUUGGACCUUUUAUCUUCUACAGUUCAAAGCUCCAUCAUAAAAACGCCAAAUCGAUCUUUAUGGAUUUAAUGCGAUUGUUGGUGGCUACAUUAAUGUGGUACAUGACAAUUCAGACUUUUCAUUGGGUCCGCGAAAAGACCUCAAGAUGUGACAAAUCCUUGAUGUUUUCUCGUGAUAAAUGCUCAGAACAAGGAGGUCAUUGGAUUCCCGGAAUGGACAUCUCUGGGCAUUGUUUCUUGAUGUUGUAUUCGAUUUUAAUCAUUUCUGAAGAAGCGAGUGCGUUUCGUAGUUGGAACAAAUUGGAAGUAGACUCGGAUGUGAAUACACAACAAUUUCAACUCGACUCUUUUGUGGCUCAGUGUUUCUUCGUUUUAAUGAUGGUAUUACACGUGUUUUGGGAUGUUCAAAUUGUAAUCUCGUGCCUCUACUAUCAUUUCUUCAUAGAUAAGUUUCUGGGUGCAUCCUUUGCGAUCAUCUGCUGGUACUUUACAUACGGUCUCCUCUAUCCAAGCGGUUUCUUAACUUUACCGAUCAACAGGGAAAGGCGACCAUUUCGAACCACAUAU